AUUGGUUGAGCGGUGGAGGCGAGUCGGGAUAAGGAAGGUCAGCUUAGCAGAUGGGGCUGGAGUGACAGCGGAGAGGGCGCAGCGGCGGCAGCAGCAGGCACCAUGCCCUACCUACUGAUCAGCACCCAGAUCCGCAUGGAAACUGGCCCUACAAUCGUUGGGGAUGAAAGCUCUGAUCCACGCCUAAUGGCGCAACUUGGAGCAGUUAAAAGGACGAUGCUGGGAAAUAAUUUUGCGGAAUAUGUUGUUAAUGAUCCCCCACGAGUGACCCUGGACAACCUUGAAAAUCUUGGUUACCGUGUCAUUAGCAUGACAGGGGUUGGCCAAACUCUUGUAUGGUGUCUGCAUAAAGAGUAGAAACCUCAAUCUUUAAGGACGGCUUCCUAUACAUCAGAUCAGCAUACAGGACAGUCCAGAAAGCCAACUGUUGGACUCCGAUGGAGGACAUCUGUGAAGAAAUCUCACCAUUCAAAAUCCUGGACACCUGCGACCCAGUGGAAGUGAUCUAUAAAAUGAAGGCAUCAUGCAAAUGUUAUAUAUAUACAUUUUAUUAGGGUAUAUACACAGGGAUAUAGGCAGAUUUAUUGCAGAAACUUCUGCAACAAGUCUGCCCCGUGUGAAUAUGCUCUAUGGCUAUGUUCACAUGGUUGUUUUAGCAUACUGAAAAUUUGGGCCCAGAAUCCACAUAAAAAUUCCAUAUGUUUUUCACACCAAGAAUGAUCACGUUUGGGACGAGCGAACUUGUGUUUUCAAGUUUGGCGUACAAAGUUCGGGUUAUCUAAGAAUUCUGUUAUGGAUUCAGCUACCACGGACCAUAGCUUAUGGUCCGUGGUAGAGGAAUCCAUAACGGAAUUCUUAGAUAACAAGAACCCGAACCUUGUACGCCGAACUUGAAACACAAGUUCGCUCAUCCCUAAUCACGUUCCUUUUUGGGGUGGGUUUGUGACAGGGAUUUGCAAUCCAUGAGC